CUGACGCAUGCCGAGACGUAAGCCCAUUAGGGCCCAAUCAAUUCAUUCACCCAUUAACAAACCCCUACAUAAACAACGUUACGCUAGGGUUUCCUCAUAAAUUUCGUCCUUCUCAAGCCGCAUAACAAUCCCAGAAGAAAAUUAGCCAUGGGGAGAAGACCUGCAAGGUGUUACCGCCAGAUUAAGAACAAGCCUUACCCAAAAUCACGGUUUUGCCGUGGUGUUCCUGAUCCAAAAAUCAGGAUCUAUGAUGUGGGUAUGAAGAAGAAGGGAGUUGAUGAAUUUCCUUUCUGUGUGCAUUUGGUCAGUUGGGAGAAGGAGAAUGUUUCAAGUGAGGCACUUGAAGCUGCUCGUAUUGCUUGCAACAAGUACAUGACCAAGUCCGCUGGAAAGGAUGCUUUCCACCUAAGGGUUAGGGUCCAUCCCUUCCAUGUUUUGCGUAUUAACAAGAUGUUGUCGUGUGCUGGGGCUGAUAGGCUCCAAACUGGUAUGAGGGGUGCUUUUGGUAAGCCACAGGGUGUCUGUGCCCGUGUUGCUAUUGGUCAAGUUCUUCUCUCUGUUCGCUGCAAAGAUGGCAACGCUAACCAUGCUCAAGAGGCUCUUCGUCGUGCAAAGUUUAAGUUCCCUGGCCGACAAAAGAUCAUUGUCAGCAGAAAGUGGGGCUUCACUAAGUUCAGCCGUACCGAUUAUCUGAGGUACAAGUCCGAGAACCGUAUUGUAAACGAUGGUGUCAAUGCUAAGCUUCUUGGAUGCCAUGGACGUCUUGCUGCACGUCAACCUGGAAGAGCUUUUUUGGAAGCAGCGACUUCAAGUUGAAGAAUUACCAAUCUGAGCCUUUAGUUUUCUACUUUCGCUGAAUGAAAUUUUGUGUCCUGAACAUCUAUCCAGUUGUGAACCAUCUAUUACUUAAGUUGUUGCUCUGCUUUGAACAAAUAUUUACCUUUUCAAAAGAUAAUUAUUGGCUUUUAUUUGGA